AUGACAGAAGAAACCGGAGAAGGAUUCUACAGUUUUUCGAGUCACGAAUCCCGAGAGCUCUCAGAAGAAGACGCAGAGAAGCUUGCCAAACAGGUAUUCUAAUCAAUCAUUUGAAACAAUGAAAUUAUUAAACUGAUUUCAGACCGAUGCCAAUGAGUUUAAGCGGAAUAAGCUAGAAAUCGAAGCACGGAAGAACUGGGACAAAUUUUAUCAUCGAAAUAAAGAUAACUUCUUCAAAGAUCGACACUGGAGCGCCGAGGAUCUGAAGAUCAUCUGCCCGGAUAUCGAUUUCGAUGUAAGUAGAUGGAACUGUCUACUAAUAUGCUAAAAAUUAUCAUUUUCAGGAUGAACUGAAGUAUCUGGAGGCGGGAUGUGGUGUCGGGAACAUGCUCUUCCCUCUUGUCGCUGAACUUCCCAAACUGAAGCUCUUCGCUUUCGACUUCUCUGAUAAUGCCGUCAAAUUGCUUGAAGAAAGAGCAAAAAUGUUAGGAGUAAGUUCUCCUGCUACGUCAUAUUAUUUUCGAUAAAUAUUUUUAGUUAACAGUUGCCACAUCAGUCGUCGACCUCUCAAUUCCAUCGAUUUCAUCGCCGUUCGACGAGCAAGUCGAUCUGGCCACCCUCAUUUUCGUGCUAUCAGCUAUACAUCCGGAGAAGCACAAGAUUGCCGCUGAGAACAUGAGAAAUCUUGUAAGAGUAAGUUACCAGCUCGGUCGCCGCUUCUGAAAUAUCAUUGUCCUGUAGAUCGGAGGAACUGUCGUGGUGAGGGAUUACGGAGUGAACGACCACGCGAUGAUCCGAUUCGGGAAAGACGCCCGUCUUGGGGAACGGUUCUACGUGCGGCAGGACGGCACAAGAGCCUACUACUUCGACCUGGAAGAACUCGCGAAACUGUUUGAAGGCGUCGGAUUCAAAUGUGUUUUAAAAGAAUACCUCCAUCGGAUAACUAUCAAUCACAAGAAAGGGCUGAAAGUGCCGAGAAUCUUUGUACAGGCACGGUUUAUCAGAGAAACGUGA